GAGAAGCCUAAAAAAGACCGUAAACAUGUGUACUCUUACUGAGCUGUGCCUGAAGAAAAAAGUGUUAUUGGUAUGGCAUCUUGAAGAAAGAAGAAUCACUACAUAUCUAGUGUGUGGAGAUUAUACUGAUACUCCAGUAGAGAAAAUUCUCUAGUCACUGUCCAUAUAUGUUGGCAUAUGGUGGAAGUGGGUGAAUCAGACUAAAUGCCUUGUCAUGAGGCCACUUUCUCAUGUAGCUUUUGGUUACAUUCACUGACUUUUCAUAUAGAUGAUUAUGUGAUGAACAUAAUCCACUCAUUGAUAGGAAUACUCCCAUCCAUUUAACCUUUAUCAUUUUGCGGUAAAAUCAAUCAAACAAACAAACAAACAAAAAAAACCCAUUCUGACUUGCUUGUUGAAGACUUAGGUGUUGGACAGCAUGCCAGUCUGUCUGAGCCUGCCACUCUGGACAGCUGAGAAUUGAGACUUGUGAAUCUGGAAGGUUACAUGGCAACCCUGAGUUUUGCUGAUAUUAUCACAUUGCUAUCCUGAGAGGUCUUAUGUAAGUUCUUAGAUCAAAUCCCUAGGCAGCAGCUCUUUUACUUCUUUUUGCUGGGAUAGUGAUAUCCUUUUCCACAUAUUUUUCCCUGAUAAGCAGAGCUCGAAGUUCUCCAAACCUGAAGUAUUUUCUAACCAAAGCAAAGAGAAGACUUGUGGGUGUUCAAUAUGCAAGGAGCUGAAGAUAGAGGCAUUGGAAGAGAGACUUAUCCAGGUUGGAAGAACAAGCCUACUCUGGAGAAGGAUGUCUCUGAAAUUGAUUCACCAAAUUUAAUAGUAAAACGAUUCCAAGAGGAUGAAAACCAGGAUUCUACAUUUGAAGAAAAACAUGCAUGUGAGGGCCUAAAGGAAAAGGGUCUUAGAGAGAUUCCUGCACCAUGCCCUUUUCAGGAAGGAGGCUUUGGGGGAAUAACCUUCAUCCACAAGGAAGCAUGUCCUACAAUGAUUAGUCAAGAAUAUCAUUUUGAGAAAAGCUUUCUUUUGACUUCAGGCCUUGUUACACAUCUUAGGCUCUCUACAGAAGAGAGCCUGAACCAUUGGGAAGCAAGCAACAUACACACCAAUGAAAUUUCCGAUCAAAGUAAACAUCCAGCUCUCUCCACACAGAAAAAUUCUCAGAAAUGUCAUGAAUGUGGGAAAACCAUUACUCGGAGCUUGUCACUUACUCAGCACCAGAGAACUCAUACUGGAGAGAGACCCUAUGCAUGUCAGGAGUGUGGGAAAGCCUUUAGUCAUAGCUCAUUUCUUGUGCAACAUCAAAGAAUUCACACUAGAGUGAAACCGUAUGGAUGUGAGCAGUGCAGAAAAACAUUUCGAUGUCAAUCAUUUCUUACUCAGCAUCAGAGAAUUCACACUGGAGAGAAACCUUAUAAAUGUAAUGAAUUUGGAAGUUCUUUCUGCAAUUAUUCACACCUCACCGAACAUCAGAGAAUCCACACUGGAGAGAAACCUUAUAAAUGUAAUAGAUGUGGAAAGGCAUUCAAUCAGAACACACACCUUACUCAUCAUCAGAGAAUUCACACUGGGGAGAAGCCCUAUAUAUGCAAUGAAUGUGGCUCAUCUUUUCACAAACACUCAAAUCUUACACAACAUCAGAGAAUUCACACUGGAGAAAAACCUCAUAAAUGUGAUGAAUGUGGGAAAACCUUCCAAACAAAGGCAAACCUCACUCAGCAUCAGAGAAUUCAUACUGGAGAGAAACCCUAUAAAUGUAAGGAAUGUGGCAAAGCCUUUUGUCAGAGCCCAUCUCUUAUUAAACACCAGCGAAUUCAUACUGGAGAAAAACCCUAUAAAUGCAAGGAAUGUGGCAAAGCCUUUACUCAGAGCACGCCACUUACUAAACAUCAGAGGAUUCACACAGGGGAGAGACCCUACAAAUGCAGCGAAUGUGGUAAAGCCUUCAUUCAGAGCAUUUGCCUUAUUCGGCAUCAGAGAAGUCACACUGGAGAAAAACCCUAUAAAUGCAAUGAAUGUGGAAAGGGCUUUAAUCAGAAUACCUGCCUUACUCAGCAUAUGAGAAUUCAUACUGGAGAGAAGCCCUAUAAAUGUAAGGAAUGUGGAAAGGCCUUUGCUCAUAGCUCAUCUCUUACUGAGCAUCAUAGGACUCACACUGGUGAGAAGCUCUAUAAAUGUAGUGAGUGUGAGAAAACUUUCCGCAAGUAUGCACAUCUUAGUGAACAUUACAGAAUUCAUACUGGUGAGAAGCCUUAUGAAUGCAUUGAAUGUGGAAAAUUCUUCAGACAUAGUUCAGUCCUUUUCAGACAUCAGAAACUUCAUAGUGGUGAAUAGUCCUGACAUUUAGGUUAUGACAAUUUCUCUAGAGAGAGUGACCAGGAAUCUGGCUUGGAGCAAGGAUCAGGGAGGGAAGGAUGAAAAACCUUGGCUACUGCACUCUAGAAAGAGUACUCCUGAAAUGGAGGUGGGAGCUUCAAGAAUGCAGGGUGGGAAGGAAAUUCCAGCUUUUCAGAUAAUGCUUGUAAGUCACCACCCCUUAUUCUCAUUGUGACUCUUAAUCUUUGAGGAGGUGUUAGCAACUUACCACACCCUUGCCCAACCUUCUGAUCAUAUGCACUGCUGGAUUGAGGUACUUUUUAAAACAUCCCUUGUUGGUGUAACAGUUUCAACCAUUCUGAUGUAGUGCAUAGCUUAAAGGAGUGUCCAGAUGCUUGAGGCAGCUCUGACCAGACUAUGACAGGGAGACUCCCCAAUCUUUAAAAGUGGUCUUAUGAGGGGGAGACAGAAACAUGUGAAAAACAACCUGUAUUCAUUCAGCAAAUACAGUAUCUGUGGCAAGAUUAUAGUGAUCACUACAAGUGGAGGAGUGUUCUAUCAGGGUAAGGGAGAUCUUUGUAGUUUCUUUCAAAUUUGUGGGCAACUUGGGGAUAAGAAAAUAGGUCAGGAGAGACUUGGCAUUUGUGUAGGAAGGCAGAUUUGUUCAGGGGCCAGGGAGAGGAGGGCCCACCUGUCACAGAAUACUGGCUUGUCUAGGAAAGAAAUGGUCUGUGCUAGACCACUGAUGAUAAGAAGCGUCAGAGCAUGGAACCUGCAUAUAACCACAUACCUUAGCCCUGGACUAAGGUGUACUUCUGUUUCUUGCAAGUUAGACUGGACCACUGGUUCACAGGGACCAGGAGAGAGGGACCCAUUAGGACCAACAGUAUCUUUUUUAAAAAGCAACUUAAUUUCCUCUUUUACUUGAAAAAGCAGUGAUAAAAGAAGACAGCCUUUUCAGCUGGCUAGAGUUUGGAACUACUAGGCUAGUUUUUCAGAGUGUUGACAUUUGUUGUGGAGUUCUUUGAAAAGAGGUCUGGAGAGAAUUGCCUUUUCAAAUUCCUGAAAGUUGACAGAACAUGAUGGUAUUUUAUUUUGAAUAAAAUGGCAGCUGUCAUUUCUAUUUCCCAAUCCCUUUCAUGUUCUUAAAUGCCACCCAGAAGUUGAACUUCAGAAGAUUGUGAGAAGCCUUUGACUGGUAUUUUUAGUAGUUUCUAAACUACUAUUAAAACAACAAAAAUGAGUUUAUUUUAGAAUUCAUUUCUUUUUCUAGUGCAACUGUCUUGCAAACAUCCCUUCAGACCAUUAGUAACUAU